GCCAGUGGCGACAAGGUGGACGCGGACACCCUGCAGGUGCUUCAAGACGUGGCCAAUCGCCUGCGAAUCCACUCGAUCCGGGCCACGUGCGCCAGCAGCUCGGGCCACCCCACAUCGUGCUGCAGCGCGGCAGAGAUCAUGGCUGUGCUCUUCUUCCACACCAUGAGGUACAAACAGGCAGACCCGGAGCACCCGGACAACGACCGCUUCGUCCUCUCCAAGGGCCACGCCGCACCCAUCCUCUACGCGGCCUGGGUGGAGGUGGGCUGCCUCGGUGAGUCUGACUUGCUGAACCUGCGGAAAAUCCACUGCGACCUGGAGGGCCAUCCCACCCCUCGGCUAUCGUUUGUGGAUGUGGCAACAGGGUCCCUUGGGCAAGGCCUGGGUGCGGCCUGUGGUAUGGCUUACACCGGCAAGUACUUUGACAAGGCCAGCUACCGCGUGUUCUGUCUCAUGGGGGAUGGCGAGUCCUCGGAAGGCUCGGUCUGGGAGGCCUUGGCCUUUGCCUCCCACUACAACCUGGACAACCUCGUGGCGAUCUUUGAUGUGAACCGCCUGGGACAAAGCGGCACUGCACCCCUAGAGCACUGCCUGGACGUCUAUGAGAAGCGCUGCCAAGCGUUCGGAUGGAAUACUUUCUUGGUGGAUGGUCACGACGUUGAAGCUCUCUGCCAGGCCUUUUGGAAAGCAGCUCAAGUCAAGAACAAACCUACCGCCCUGAUUGCCAAGACCUUCAAGGGUCGGGGUAUUCCCAACAUCGAGGAUGCCGAAAACUGGCAUGGGAAGCCCAUGCCGAAGGAUAAUGCUGAUGGGAUUGUCAAGUUGAUUCAGAGCCAGAUACAAACACACAGAAAUCUCACACCAAAGCCCCCUGUUGAAGAUUCACCCCGAAUCACCAUCUCCGACAUAAAGAUGACCUCUCUGCCUGUUUACCAACCGGGUGACAAGGUGGCCACCCGAGAAGCAUGUGGCUUGGCUUUGGCUAAAUUGGGCCACACUCACAAAAGAGUUAUUGUUCUAGACGGUGACACAAAAAACUCGACUUUUUCUGAGAUAUUCAAGAAAGAGCACCCCGAGCGUUUCAUAGAGUGCUUCAUUGCUGAACAAAACAUGGUAAGUGUGGCGUUGGGGUGUGCCACACGAGGACGAACUGUGGCUUUUGUUAGCACAUUUGCUGCCUUCCUGACCCGAGCAUUUGAUCAGAUCCGAAUGGGGGCCAUCUCCCAAGCCAACAUCAACUUCGUUGGUUCCCACUGCGGCAUAUCUAUUGGAGAAGACGGCCCUUCCCAGAUGGCCCUGGAGGAUCUAGCCAUGUUCAGAAGUAUCCCCACCUGCACGGUUUUCUAUCCAAGUGACGCUGUCUCCACGGAACAUGCUGUUUAUCUGGCAGCCAACACCAAGGGGAUGUGUUUCAUUCGGACCAGCCGGCCAAAAACUGCAGUUCUCUAUACUUCCCAAGAAAGCUUUGUGAUUGGACAGGCCAAGGUGAUCCGCCACAGUGCAGAUGACAAGGUGACAGUUAUCGGAGCAGGAGUUACUCUACAUGAAGCCUUAGUGGCUGCGGACAGGCUCGAGGAACAAGGCAUUUUUAUUCGUGUCAUUGACCCAUUCACUAUCAAACCUCUGGAUGCCGCCACCAUCAUUUGCAGUGCCAAAGAUACAGGUGGCCGGAUCAUCACAGUGGAAGAUCACUACCGAGAAGGUGGCAUUGGGGAAGCUGUGUGUGCCGUCAUCUCCAGAGAGCCUGACAUAAUUGUUCAUCAGCUUGCAGUAACGGAAGUACCGCGAAGUGGAAAACCUAGCGAAUUGUUGGAUAUGUUUGGAAUCAGUGCCAGACACAUUAUAGCAGCUGUGAAAGAUACCUUAAUGAAAAUGAACUAG